ACUCCUUUUUUGGGAACUGCAAAUAUUCAAUAUCCGUUCACACCUCAAUUUUGCUUUUUCAGCCUCUUUUUUUCUUAUAUCCUACUUUUCUCUCUCUCAAACCUCUAAUAUAUAAUAUUCGCUAACCAUAUACUUUGGGGAAAUGUCUACGUGGAGAUGGGCAAACUUCAAGACAAUCAAUACAAUGCCUUUGGAAAGAAUAAAAAACAAACCAAGACUGACUUGAAUAAAGAAAAAGACUUGUUAUAUCAACAAUUUUGUCCUCCUCUUGACUCAUCUCUUAUUGAGGCCAUUUGGUUAGAUACAUACGAUUAUGCUCAAUCUUUGAAUAUUCUGAGGGAGCUUGCAAAGGAAGCGGAUGCUAGUUUGAAUGCGGCAGAACUCGAGGUACAAUCAAAUAUGGAUAACUUUGAAGACCAACUUGAUCUAAUGACUAUACAUGAAACUGAUUCGAACAACAAUAAUAAGACGUUAUCAUCACAAAUAUCAAAUUCAACCACUCAUUUAUCCACUCCUUCUGGUACUACCUCUAUUGAUUCUAGUAGUUAUGAUACUAGUAGUCAAGAUACUAUGGAUGAUGACCUUGACUUUCUUGCUAGAUGUUUCCCCAAUAUGGAUCUUCAACAAUUGAAGAAUGUACUUUUAUCUCAAGGUAGUGAUGUAGAAAGAGCAACCGAUGUUUUAUUGAACAACGCGUAUUUUGAAUCUGAUGACUAUUCCAACUCGACAAGACAAGAAGACAAUGACGAUAUAUUAUACCAUGGCAUCCAGAAAAAAAAGAAACCUGGUAGGCGUGGCAACAACAAGGAAAACAAAAAAGGCAAGCAAACUUUAUGGACUUCGAGGUAUAUGGAACCUUUACAUAACAACAACAAAAAUGAUGAUGGCCCUACUACGAUACCUUUCAACUAUUGGCACCAAUAUGAUGAUACCAUUGGAAAAAUCUGUCAAGUAUUUCCCUCAUUGUCUCGCUCUAAUAUACAUGGAUGUGUUCAACGCUGCAAGGGCAAUACGAUUGCUUCGGUGGUGAUGUUGAUGACUAAGAUUCCUCAGGCGCAGCCUGUCUUACAUUGGCAACUGGCAACCAAUUUGGAUCAAGUAGAACAAGGUAUGGCGGUGAUACUUGUGGAUAGAACAGCGGAACAAAUUCGACGUAUUGCCAUCGGUGUGGUGAUUCAAUACCAAAAUGAUCAUGAUGUGAAUCAAAUGGUACAGCAAGGGAUUGAAUUCGCAUUGACAUAUGAAAAGCAACAACAAGAUCUGGCUUCAAGAAUGGCGAAACUGAGUCAAACUCCCUCUACUACUACUACUACUACUAUUGGUGAUGAUAUGCCUGUGAUUCCUGAAUAUCUAUUAAUGACAAAUCAACAAACUUAUACCGAAGAUGAUCCUGAACUCUGUCGUGCUAUGGCUAUGGAUCUGAUCCUGACACGCAAUGAAUUGUUUCAAAAAGCAUCAGCAGCCUACCGUGCUGGCAAAAACAAGAAAACGGGUGAACAAGGUGUGGCAUUUUUUUAUUCGGAUGAAGCUCGACAGUUGGAUACCAAAGCAAGAGAAUGGAAUAUGCGUGCUGCAAGAGCCUAUGUCCGGAAUAAAAGACUGAAACAAAACGAUGAUCACUUGUUGGAUUUACAUGGAUUGACAGUAAAUGAAGCUCAAACUUUGGUCAAGGAAGGUCUGACGCAAUGGUGGUCAAGAAGUCAAAUACAGAUGGCUCGAAGGAAGAUUCAACCAUUACAAAUUGUUACAGGAACAGGCACACAUUCCGAAUACGGUCAAGCUCGUUUAUUACCAAGUAUUCAGAAAUUACUUAGAACGGAAGGUUGGUUGUUUGAUUCCCCUCAUCCUGGUUGUUUUCUUGUCAAAGGCGUUGUUUCCAAGGUUACCUCUUAGAUUUUUUUUUCCUUUCUUUUUGACUCAAUAAAGAUUAGAUUUUUUUUUUUUG